GGAGUGUGCUUCAUAAUGAAAGCCGACAGAAAAUGAUUCAAUCUGUGACAAGUUUGACCAGUGUUAUGUAAUGUUUAGAAAAUUUAAUCAUUUCAUUGUAUCUAAUGUAUUAUAGACCAGUGGUUGAUAACCUACCGAAAUGAGCUUCAGAUCUUUGAAAACGGACAUUGAUCCGCGAAAAUUUAUCAUCAGACGAUGGAAAUCUAUUCCGAGACAGAGAACGCCAGUUACCGAAUCUGAUGUUACAUACAGAGAUAGCACAGGAAGAACCCUUCUUUACUUUGGGGCUAAAAAUGGUGAGACGGAGACAGUGAAGCAAUUGUUGAAAGCGGGAUGUAACCCGAGGUUGUCCGAUAUUAAUCGGAACACUCCUCUACACAUGGCUGCUGAUGGAGGAUAUAUUGAUAUAAUUCAUAUGCUGAUAGAAUUUGGAUGCAAACUAAAUGCCAGAAAUAUUUUAGGACAAACAGCACUAAUGAAGGCUGUGCAGUACGACGAUCUAGAAACAGUGUCUGUCCUAUAUAAUGCAGGUGCUUACUUAGACCUGACUGACUGCACGGGGAAAACUGCACUUCUUCUUGCUUUGCAGGACGGAAAUGAUGAAAUAUGUUCUUUUCUAAUACGGAACGGAACUGACGUAAAUGUUGUUGAUUAUAUCGGUCAAAGUGCACUUUAUACCGUUGUACAUUCACAUGAAAAACUUCCAUUAAGCCUAUGUAAGAAGCUAGUAGAUGCUGGAUAUAAUUUCGAACACGACACGGAAUGGAUUUCUAAAGACCUUCACCGACAAUUAACCCAGCCACAAGUUGGAUUAGUAUCAAGAAUCAAAAGAAGGUUAAGUUUUAAGAGAAACCCCGAAAGGCAACACGAUGACAAUAGUACAAUUGUAUCGAAUGAUAAAGAGGAAGCCCGAAGGCAACACGAAGACAGUAGUACAGGUGUAUCGAAUGAUAAAAGGGAAGCCCGAAGGCAACACGAGGACAGUAGUACAGUUGUAUCGAAUGAUAAAGAGGAAGCCCGAAGGCAACACGAGGACAGUAGUACAGUUGUAUCGAAUGAUAAAAAGCAAGCCCGAAGGCAACACGAGGAUAGCAGUACAGUUGUAUCGAAUGAUAAAGAGGAAGCCCGAAGGCAACACGAGGACAGUAGUACAGUUGUAUCGAAUGAUAAAGUGGAAGUAAAAUCAACAUCAGAGUAAAACUACAAGGCAUUUGAUAUUAUUUUAAGAAGCCUUUGUUUUUUUGUUUUUUUUUA